AUGAAAAAGCAGGAGGAGAAGGAGACAAAAACACGCUUCUUCACAGGCUGGAAGCGAAAGCGCGACAGCGUGCAGGGCAAAGAUGAGGAGGAUGUCACGUCAAAUCUGCUGGUGGACGGCGAGUUCCGCAACAAGCUUCCUCUUCCACCUGUGCCGAAGCUGCUCAAGGCUUUGCCCAGCAUGAACGAGCUCUGCGACUAUCGUUUGGAUGAUUUGGAAAGUAAGCUGAGGCCCUACCUGCUUUCGACUCAUACGCUGCUGUCGCGAAUCCACAUGGAUGAUGACGAUGCCUACGGAAAGGAAGCCGAAAAAGGCUCCAUGGCACCCCCGGCACCACCCAUGGAUGCGCUGCUCUUCAGGGAUGACGACGUGCCGGAGGAAGUCGAGAGAGCACAGAAGCUCGCACGGCUGACAGAGCCAACGGAUGCCUACCACCGUCAGGCCUUCGGCUUGCAGCUUCCUCAGCUCAUCACCAACGACGUGUUCACGGAGCGGCAGCGUUUCACAACAGGUCGGGAUGCUGCUGAGAAGAAGAUUUUCCGCGAUCCUCCCGGUUUCAACAGCAAGGAGGAGCUGGCCCAAAAGAUCGGGAAGACCUUCCAGGCUGCGAAGGAGGAACCUGUGCAUCCUUCCAAGCCACACUUGCGGCCAAAGCGAGUCAUGCAAGUCGUGCCGGAUGUGCAGCUGUGGUCGAACAGGUAUGUUCAGGUAGCAUUCGACGAGGAGCCGCGCGGACACAUGGUGCAGCAGAACGACCUGUUGCUGAGAUCUGCGCCCGACCCGCGGACGACGUGCUUCAGCCUCUUCAACCCUCAGUCGGGAGAUGCAGAUAAAUACCACUUCCAGCAGCAGUACUACUGGAGCAACCGGGGUGGCUUCCAGCAAGCUGAUGAGAUUGGUGAGGGCAAGACCGCUGUGCUGUUCAUCCCGCGCUCGUCCGCAAACGGCGAGGAGCCGAAGCAGGCGAAGUUCAUCCUCGCGCCCACGAAGAUGGCACUGGCGAAGCUGAAGGCGCAUCGUCUUGACAUCGAGGAGGAGACGAAGGCGCUCCGGGUGACGGUCCGCCCUCCCGCGGCAGCAGAGUCUGCCGAUCUCUCUGCCUCCGCACCUGACUCGGCGCAGCCGGACUCGGCCGAACCUGUGAACUCCGCGGAGCCCGUGGAGCCGGUUGAACCGGCGGAGUGA